GUGGUGGAAUAUUUGAUCCGUCAAGGUGCUGCCUGCGAUAUUGCAGAUAUUCAAGGCAAUCGGCCGGUUCACUUUUGCGCCAUUCGUUGCGAUUACAAAAUUUUGAAGCUUCUAGUUCUUGCAAAAGCCAACGUAAACGUUCAAAAUGGGGAAUUGAACACACCUCUCCACCUUGCGGCUAUUUACCAGCGACCAAAUUCAAAGGAGUGGGAGGAUCUUAUUUCUUUUUUACUAGAUUCCGGUUGUGACCCUUCGCUGGAGAACGCUUCUCGUAAGAAGCCUUCGGAUUUCGUCGGACGCAAUUUGAAAAAACUUUUCUCAAGGGAGGGUGCAGAGAUGCGUCGGAAAAUAAAGGCACAAAAAGAAGCUGAGGAGGAGGAAGAUUUCAGGAAAUUGUUGGAGUUAAGGGGUAAUUGGAAAACAACGGUCAUGACAAACUUGGAAAGGACGAAGCGCAUACUAAAAGAUGAAGCUGACCGUUUGCACCGAGAGGCGGAGGAACGGCUUCGCGCUGAGGAUGACGCACGGCUUCUUCUGGAUGAGGCCAUGGAGAGGCGACGAUACCAAGAGGAGCAGAAGAAAAAGCGGCUGGAGUCUGAAGAAAAGAACAAAAAUAGCAGCAGGAAGUAG